AUUAUAUAUAACGACUUAGGACACAUAGAGCUUCAGUUGACGUACGACUUCAGGGGAGUUUGGACUUAUACAUAAAAGAAUAUAUAAAUUUAAAAAUGAUCUGGAAGACAGUUUUGGUCGCCAUUUUCGCUAUAGGUGUUCUGGCUGAAUACAAGAUACCCGACGAACAACGCCAGCAUUUUAAGACAGCUCUGACCGAAUUCUGCAAGGGAAACGGUGCAGAGGACAAAGUAGACGAAGUAGAGGCAAAAAUAUCGAGCUUUGUAGAUUGCGUCAAAUCUUUAAUCGAUGUGGAAACUAUUAAAAAAGAGGUUGAAGAAGCUAAACCAAACGGUGCUCUAGACGAAGUAUUUAAAAAGUAUUGCGCGAAGUCUCCUCAGUUGAAGACUUGCAUUCACACACUGACUAAUGGCUUGGCACCUUGUAUGGGCUCAACGAUUCGGGAUCAUAUCGGAAUGGCUAACAACGGAUCCGACCAGCUGAUCGAUUUCGUGUGUCACAAGGAUGGUGACAGGAUAGCGUUGUUCAUCGCGGAGGGAGGUCCCGAGUGUAUCCAAGAGAAGGUCAAUGAGGUGCGCGAAUGUGGAAUGAAAUUGAAGGAAAACUUUAAAAGCGCCGAAGACUUUAAGAAGAUGAACUUAGCGGAAAAGUGCACCAAAUUUGACGACUUUUCUUCAUGUGCUGUAAAAGCAUUGGAGGGAUGCAGUACGCCCACUCCUGGCAACAUGGCCGAAUCGCUGUUCCGAUUCGUCCGUAGGGGCUCACCUUGCGCAAAAAAGGAUGCAUAAAGAUGAACUGAUUCGCGCCACUCAUCUUUAGUUGAAAAUUGUCAAGAAUUGUCAUUAUAAAGUGCCAUUUAGAGAUCAUGUACCAAUAAAAAAAUUAAGUGUUCAA